CCCGAUGCAAACAAGUUCAAGCCCGAGAGGUUCGUGGACGGCGUCUCGAAAGCGUGCAAGUAUCCCCAGGCCUAUAUCCCAUUCGGGCUGGGACCUCGACUGUGCCUAGGCCGGAACUUUGCCAUGGUCCAACUGAAGGAACUCUUUCCUAGAAACCUUGCAUUUCGACAAGGAGAGAAAACAAGCCCCGGAUUAUGCCUGUUCCCUCUACUUUCCUAACAGCUUGAUGGGCAAGAUCUUUGUCGAGGUCUGCCUGAUCUCCGCGCGGGGGCUCGGGCGGUCCUCCUCGCUGUUCUGGAAGACACAGUGGUUCGCUGUCGGGUGGAUCGACCCGGACGACAAGUACUGCACCAAGAUCGAUGCUCCUGCAAAUGGGAACCCGGUUUGGAGGACGAAGUUCUCGGCUUUGGUCGAUGACUCGAGGAAUGCGGAGUCUAAGGAUGUGGCUUUGCGGGUUGAGGUGUAUAGUAGGGACCCCAUUUUCCUCCGGGAGAAGCUCCAGGGGACUGCCACUGUUGUCCUGAGGGAGUUCCUCACCAAGCGCAGGACCAGUGAGGAAACGGGGAGCUAUCAGCUGCGCAAGAGGAACUCCAACAAGCCAAGAGGAUUCGUAGAUAUUUCUAUUCGUGUCUCAGAAGGAGGAGAAGACCCGAAUUCCUUUUCUGCAGGUUAUAAUGGAGGACUCAUGCUGGUGGAUAACGAGAAUUCAAUAACCUUAGCCCCCCCGAAUGAUGCAUUGACGUCAUCAACAUCAUAUGAACCAUACCCGACAGGGCCUACUCCUCUGCCUCUAGCAGCAGCUUCACAUCUCCAAAGACCAAACCUCCACCAGUCGAAACCCGAAGUUGAGCUAUCCUACACUCACCCCACCCCAAUCCCUCCCAACUUCUCCAACCCCUCCGUUGGCGGCCCUGCCUACCCUCGGGCAAUUGGGCCCAGCUACCUCCCACCUCGACCGGCCCCUCCAAUGCCUCUUCCUCCGCCUCCUGCUGGCACUUAUAACUACCGCCCUGCCUAUCUCCCAGCUGAAUUUACCAAUGGGACUUAUUUUAAUAUGCCGUCAUCAGCAGCAGGCCGCGGUGGCAGGGGCCCCAUGGGCUACGGGGCUGCAUUGGGUGCAGGGGCUCUAGGAGCCGGUGCUGUACUUCUAGGAGAUGGGCUUGUGUCAGGCUACGACAUGCCUUUGGGUUUUCAGGAUCCGAGCCUUAUCGUAUCACUGGACCCUCCUUUCUGAUGCGAUGACUGUAAGAAAUUUAAGCGGGUGUAUGUACCUUAGCUGAUGAGGUGUAUGAUUAUACUUGGACGAAUUCUUCGAACUCAUUUUCUUUUAUUAACCAAUGAAAGUUUUCUAUUAUAAAUGUUUUCUUCUCA